GAUUUCCCUGGCUUCAUGUUGAUUUAUUCCUUUGUUUUCCAGUUAUAUGACAAAAACGGCGUCACCAUGAGCGGAGUAUUGAAAAGGAAGUAUGAAGAGCUGGGGGAUGACAGCACCUACUGCUCCUCCUCCUCCUGCUCCCCCCUCUCCUCCUCAGCAUCCUCAGGCUGGGACACUGAUGAGGAGAAUUCCCGUGGAGAGCCCAAGCCCAGCUCUGCCUUAAUGUCCAGCUUCACCCCCACGUCGAUCCUGAAGAAAUCCAAGCGGCUAAAGAAGAACAAUGUGGAGUUUGACCGGGUCACUGUGUUUUACUUCCCACGCUGCCAGGGCUUCACGAGCGUGCCUAGCCGUGGGGGCUGUACCCUGGGGAUGGUGAGCAAACACAGCUCCUCCCGGCAGUUCACGCUGGCAGAGUUUUCAAAGGAGCAGGAAAACGUCCGUCGGGGCAAACUCGAAGAGAAAUUAAAAGAGGAGAAGUUGGAAGCGUUGAAAUGGAAACUAACCAUGAACGGCACGAAGGAGUCCGAAGAGGCCAACCAGCUCACCAUCGACGACAUCUCCGACGACGACAUCGACGUCAGCAGCGUGGACCUGGAGGACGGCUUCUUCCUGCAGCCCUACCCCGCCAAGAAGAGGCGCGCGCUGCUGAAGGCCGUGGGGGUGAAGAAGAUCGACAAGGAGGAGAAGAGGGAGCUGCACAACAUCCGCCUGUCCCGGGAGGACUGCGGCUGCGACUGCCGCGAGGUCUGCGACCCCGAGACCUGCAGCUGCAGCUUGGCAGGCAUUAAAUGCCAGAUGGAUCACACCUCCUUCCCCUGCGGCUGCACCAAGGACGGCUGUGGCAACACCGAGGGCAGGAUCGAGUUCAACCAGGCCCGAGUGCAGACACAUUUCAUCCACACCAUCAUGAAGCUGGAGCUGGAGAAGCAGCAGCAGAGCAGCGAGAAGGUGGCGGAGGCUGAGCCCCCUUUCCGGGAGCGGCUCCCACCGCUGGGAUGCGCGGCGGGGAAGGGCUCCUUGGAGGAGCGUGCGGUGCCGCUGGCACCUGCCUUCCAGUUCAGCCCUGACCUGGAGGCCCUGGGGGAGAACAGCUGCAGCAGUGACAUGACAGACUCCUCCAUCUCCUCCCACCCCAGCGAGGACCUGGAGGAGCCCUACGAGAGCCUCCCCUCUGACAAAUCCCAGUCGGACGUGGACGACGAUGGCUUGGCGCGCAUCCUCCACUUCAAUGACUCGGACGCCGAGGAGGAGAGCGGGCGUGGCCAGGAUGACCUCGGCUGCUUCCACCCCACCGACUUCUUCAUCGAGGACCACGGCAGCGAGGCCAAGCCUGUCCCUGGCCACUUGCCCCACCUUUCGGAGUGCCUGGAUGAGAAUGCCAACCAGGACAGCGGGGGUUUGCUGGAGGAUGCAGCCCAUGUGAGGUGCGAUGGGCUGUCCUGCUGCGCCUCAUCCUCCACUGAGCCCUGCUCCAAGAGCUACGCUGACCUCAGCCUUUCCUCCGAUUCCUUGGAUUUCUUCCAGUCCUUCUCGGACUAUAACUUGGGACCCCUUUACAACUCCUUAAAGGAGUAUGAGAACCUGGAUAACUUCUCAGCGUUACAGUUUCAGUUGCCUAAUUUCCCUGGCUUCCCGCAAGCUGGAGAUCAGGGCUCCUGUUUCUUGGAGUCCCUCAUUGGUUUGUCUGAAUCUGUCCCCGAAGCCCCAGCCCCUUUCACAGACAAUCAGCUUUUGGAGGAUGCCAUCAAAUCAUCGCUGAUGGAGACAGUGAAAGUGUGAAACACCCAUGUGGCUCGGGCAAGGACUGAUGCCGAAAGGAAAACAGAGGAACAGUUGGACAGGCAAACUUUCACUGAAAGGAUGGUGUACUACUCAAAUAUAAGGAGGAAAAAAACAGCAACAGCAGAAGACUCUCUAAAAAAAUUAUUUUUGGUCUUUAUAGAACGUGGACAUUUUGACAUACUGCAGCUACAAUCAGUUCUCUCGCUGUUUGUGCAAAAAUUUCUAAACUUUCAUGACGGGGUGGGGAAGGGUGGGGAGGGAGAAAGACUUCCACAUGAGAAUUUCCUUGUGUUUUGUAUGAAAAGACCUGUUGAGAAAAAUACUCCUCGCUAAUGUUGCCAGUCGUCCAUACAGCCCCUUCUAGAAAUGUUUCAGUGUUGCAGGAACUUUUUAAGGCAACUUUUUGAAGCUGUAUUUAUUGUGAAAAUUUGUGGUUUGCGUAAGAGUCGGCCCAACACACUCUUACGUUUAAACCUGACAAGGUUUACAGAAGAGAUCCAUACACUAUAUACAUAAUCAUUCUUCAUCUAUUUAUUGCAAAUUCCAGAAUUUAACUAGCCACUGAAGCUUGAACUAGCAUGAAACCUUAUUUAAAUUGGUAAUACCUCAGAUGUAUUAUGUGUACAAUCAUAUUUUUUUGCAUAAUAUAUCUGUAUUUAUUUAUUUUCUACCUGUAGUACGUGAAUAGCACUGUGGUUUGUCGAUGACCUGGAAGGGCAAUAAGGUCUUCAAGAGGAAGAUGACCCUGGUUUCUCUGAGUCUGAAUGAUGUUGGCUGUUUGGUCUUCACUUCACAUUUCUAAAAACACUGAACAGAAGUGGCGUGGGAGGGGAGGGACGGGUUCUUGCACCAUCCCUUGGUUUCUCCCAGCCUCGUUGUGGACAUGAGAAUGGUGUCUGGUCUCCAUAAUAUCACUGUGGAGAGCAAAGCAAGCAAAACCUUCAACUAUUUAAGAAGUAACAUUAAUACUAGCUCUAAACAAAACCCAACCCCUUUUUGUAAAUUAUUUUAUAAUUUAUUUAAUUGCCUGAGGAUUUGGCCAUGAGAUCUUUCCCCAUCAGUUAUGGUGCCUGAAUAUA